AUGGCUCCCCUCACCAUGGCCGUGCUACUCCAGCCGCUGUUGUUGGCCAUUGCUUUACAUGAACUCGUUUUGCGUCGCGUGGAGGUUGACCAUCUCGUGCUCCACGGAAUUGCGAUCUACACUGCUGGAUUUUGGAUCCUUGUUCAAUGCAUUGGAUUCAGCGAUGCGUUCUGUUUAUCGGUCGGUUUUUGGAGUUCUCUGUCAAUCUGGACACUGUUGUAUCGCGCACUUUGGCACCCACUCAAAAGGUUCCCAGGGCCAUUCGGGGCAAAGUUAACGAAAUGGUGGACAACGAAGAAGACGUGGACCACGCAGUGGCAUAUGCAUCGCGUGCAUCAAGCGAUGCAUGAAAAGUAUGGGGACUACGUAAGGACAGGACCACGAGAGAUCUCCAUCUACGACCCAGCGGCAAUAGCACCCAUACUUGGCCUUUCGUCAAAGUCUCCCAAAGGUCCUUUCUAUGAUAUCAUGGAGGACACCCUUCACAUGACCCGCAAUCAAACGUUCCACAAGCAACGCCGCCGGGUUUGGGAUAACGCAAUGAAAAGUUCCCUCUCUCAUUAUGCCCCGCGUAUUGAAGAGUUUACUGAUCAGUUUGUCACUCGGCUGCGCAACGCAAACGGCGAGCCUGUGCAGCUGCUCAAGUGCUGUUCUCACUACAGCUACGAUGUCAUGAGCGAUCUGGCUUUCGGAAAGCCGAUGGGUUUCAUCAAAGGCGAACAGAGCGAUGUGGCAGAGAGUAUUCUGAAGACGUUAUCAGAUGGUUUGGAUGCUAUGGGAUUGAUAUACCAUAUACCCUGGUUCAUGAAUGCAAUUAGUGUUCUCACGUCGGUUGCUGGACCUUUGAAAGCAUGGAGAGAUUGGAGUGUGCUGAACAUGAACGAGCGCCUAGCACUGAAGUCGACGAGGUCCGACCUCGUAGAGCAUCUCAUCCAAAACACCCCACAGACCCCUGAAGGAAAGGAACUGCUGUAUGGAGAGUCGCGUCUCAUUAUCAGUGCAGGCAGCGAAACGACGGCAACAGCUCUGACUUUUAUACUUGUACAACUUGCGACCCAUCCCUCUGUAAUGCGCUCAGUCCGAAAAGAGUAUCGCGAGAGCAAAGCUACAUACUCUUGCCAACGAGCGCUUCCACUUCUAGAUGCCGUGGUCCAUGAGUCACUACGACUGUGGCCGUCUCUGUUUUUCCUGGGCCAGCGUGUGACCCCACCUGAGGGUGUGCGGAUAGGCUCAACCUUCAUUCCCGGCAACACUAUUGUGCAGAUCCAACCUUUCGUCAUCAACCGGGAUCCUCGCAACUUUCUUGAUCCAGACGAGUUUAUACCUGAGCGGUGGACGACACGUCCGGAUCUCGUGAUCAACAAGGAUGCUUUCAUUCCCUUUAGCACAGGACCGUACGACUGCGUUGGCAAACGACUUGCAUACAUGGAAAUGAGGAGCGUUAUUGCAAGAAUAGUGGAUGAAUUCGACAUACACCUUCCUGACGGGUUCAUCCAGGAAGAUUACUGGAAAAAGGUCAAGGACCAUAUUACUGCAGCGGCGCCGCCGAGCCAGGAAAUGAUGUUCCUCAAGGUGGUCGAGUAG